AUGACGAGGUGGAAGAACACUCCUCAUGGCCCUCAAACGUGUUCCGUUACGGGUGCCCGUUACCGCGACCUUCUUCAACAGCAAGUCAUUCCUGCGUUACAAGAACGAGAAUGUUUAGGGACUACUGUCUUCAUGCAAGAUGGUGCACCACCUCACAUUGCUCGACCAGUGACGGCAUUGCUUCGUGCCCUCUUUGAAGAUCAACGGGUAAUUUCAAGAAGUUUUCCAACUGCCUUGUCUCCGCGUUCUCCGGACUUGAAUCCCUGUGAUUUCUGGUUGUGGGGAUUCCUGAAAGAUCGUGUCUAUGUAGGAAGCAUACGGACUUUGCAUGAAUUGAAAGCAAGCAUAACACGUCAUGUUGCUGCAAUUGAUUGA